AAGCGCACAAUAGCGGGAACUGAAUCCUUCCUCAGCAGACGGUGGCCCAGAUUUAAAGGCUCAUACUCUCGGUGUCAACCGCCUUUUUUUUCUUCCUCUCUGCCUUUUUUGUUCUCUCUUUUCCCCUUCUUCUCUUCUCUUCUCCUCCGUCGCACAAUUCUAUCUGCAAAACAUUCCUCCGCCUUACUUAUGAUACGAGAGUCUUCUUGAGCAGAAGCUAAGGUGCAUGGAGAGUUGAUGUCGCAACAGCAGACUAGUUGAAUCAAGUGAGACUUGUUCCUUUGACAGUAUUUUUGAGAAAAACAUUAUAGACAAGGCUGGAUUUUGAAUUGUAUAUUCUAAUUAUUUUGUAUAAAAAUACCAGUUGUGUUAUUGAUGGCUUGAUGCUGUGAUAUAUGUUAAUUACUAGUUAUAAUAGCCAUAAAGAAAGGUUUUGCCAAUAUCAAAUAAAAAAAAGAUUGAGGUAAACUCAUUGUAGUGUUGCCAUUAGCCUUUAUGUUCAAGGCCAAGCACAUGGGCAUUUCUCCAUCACUAGUUAGUUGUCAAACAAAAAGUUACGCAUGCCCUAAACAUAGCAGACCAGAAGAAAUGUCUGAUGCUGAAUGUGAAUGUAGUGAAAUAUCAGAACAGAAACUUUGGACUAUGUCAGAAACUGUACAAACUGAACCCGGUGAUACUAGUACUGCAGUUCCCCAACUCCUUGCUAGCAAAGAAUUGCAACAAUAUUCUGAAGAUGCAACAACAUUUACUCUUGCUGAAAAAUUGGAGCCACAACCUGAAGAUGCAUGCAAGAGUAGUUUGACUGUUAAAAAUUUAGGCCCUAAACUUACAGUGAUAGAUCAGAAACUUGAGUUUGGUUCAGAGGAUACAUGUAGUGGACCAUCAAAAGAAUAUUAUUUACUUGGCUCUGGACUCAUACAAGAUGAUAAUGAACCAUCAACCUUCACUAUUGAUGAAACCUCACAACCGUUGUCUGCAGAUGCAGCCAAGAAUUCUCUCACUGAAGAUUUGAAGCUACCAUGUCAAGAUGCUAGCAAAAGUAGCCAAAUAGGUGAAAGUCCAUGCCCUCAGCAAUCCAUGUCUGGAAGGACACUUGAGUUUUCUUCUGAUAUUGUUUUUUGUGAACCAUCGUUAGAAAGAACAAAGGAUUGCUGUGACAGUGUAAAAGGUGAAUUGGUGGAAAUCAGCAUGACAUUAUCUAGCUGUACUGCUACUGGGCAUUUGGAGUCACCUCCUGUUCUUUUGAGCAAGAGUUCUCCUAGUAAGUAUUUAGGCCCGGCCUCUGACAAUUUAGUUGACAUUCCUGCUGCUGAAAAACUACCACCACCUCACGAUGAAGUGGAUAAACACUGGAAUCUUGAACAAUCAGAAACACUAUCUAAAGGUGCAGUAAGCAAUUCUAGUUGGGUGGGCCAGAGGGUUAAAACAGCUGCAAAACCAUCAAGAAAAAAUUAUAUAUUAAGAUCUUUGGUAGGAAGUGGUAGAGUUCUGCGGUCAAGAUCACAAGAAAAGUCUAAAGCUCCUGAUUUGAGUGCAAAAUUGGCUAAUAUUAGCUCCAAAAUAGAGAAAACAAGGAAAAAUAAGAAAAAGAGACAAGGAAAGAUAAUUGAGUCUGAUGAAUAUUCAAGAAUCAGGAAACGUUUGAGAUAUUUGUUGACUCGGAUGAGCUAUGAACAAACCCUUAUCACAGCUUAUUGUGCAGAAGGCUGGAAAGGACUAAGCCUAGAAAAGCUAAAGCCAGAGAAGGAACUGAUAAGAGCCACCUCUGAAGUUUCUCGAUGUAAAUUGAAAAUAAGAGAUUUAUUUCAACGUAUUGAUUCACUGUGUACUGAAGGAAAGCUCCCAGAAUCGUUAUUUGAUUCCGAAGGACAGAUUAGCAGUGAGGAUAUAUUCUGUGCAAACUGUGGUUCCAAAGACGUGACUUCUGAUAACGAUAUUAUACUAUGCGAUGGUAGAUGUGACAGGGGGUUCCAUCAGUUCUGUUUAGUACCACCAUUGUCAAAAGAAGACAUUCCUCCUGAUGAUGAAGGUUGGUUAUGCCCUGGAUGUGAUUGCAAAGUUGAUUGCAUUGAGUUGCUUAAUGAGACUCAAGGAACAAAUAUUUCUAUCAGUGAUAGCUGGGAGAAGGUUUUCCCUGAGGCUGCAGCAGCUGGGCAAAAUCCAGAUCAGAAUGUUGGACUUCCUUCAGAUGAUUCUGAUGAUAAUGAUUAUGACCCGGAUGAGCCAGAAAUUGAUGAGGAGAGUCCAGGCAAUGAAUCAAGCUCUGAUGAAUCUGAUUUCAUUUCUGCAUCUGAUGAGUUGGAGGCUCCACCAGUUGAUGAGCAACAUUUGGGCCUUCCCUCUGAUGAUUCAGAGGAUGAUGACUAUAAUCCUGAUGCUCCAGAUCUUGAUGAGAAGUUGGAGGAGAGUUCAAGUUCUCAUUUUACAUCUGACUCUGAGGAUCUUGCUGCUACAUUUGAUGGUAAAGAGUUGUCUAGAGAAGAUGAAAACCGUGUGUAUAUUGGACCUCAAGGAGAUACUGCAAGAGAAGGAUCUAAACAUGGUGGAAACAAAAAGCAACCUUUACGUAGUGAGCUGUUAUCCAUAUUAGAGGCAAGUAACCAAGAUGGGUCUGUGCCCAUUUCUGGGAAAAGAAAUAUGGAGAGAUUAGACUACCAAAGAGUGUACAAUGAAACGUACGGAAAUAUUUCAUCUAACUCGAGUGAUGAUGAAGAUUUCACUGAUACUGUUGGACCAAAGAAGAGGAGGGAAAGUACUGAGGUUUCUCCAGCAACAAUGAAUGGAGAUGCUUCUGUGACCAAGAUUGGAAAGCAAGACCUAAAAGAGACGGAACAUAAUCCUAAGAGAAGUUGUCAACAGUCUAACUUUGAAAAUACAAGUAUAUCACCGGCUAAAGCACAUAAAGGCUCUUCUCCUUCCAGGUCUUACGGUAAAACAGUUAGGCCAUCAGAGUAUAGAAGACUUGGGGAAGCUGCAACUCAGGGACUUCACAAAUCUUUUAGGGAAAAUCAAUAUCCUAACCGUACUGCAAAAGAAAGUCUGGCCAAAGAACUAGGGAUUACAUUCAAGCAGGUGAAUAAGUGGUUUGAGAAUGCUCGAUGGAGCUUCAACCACUCAUCAUCUAUGGAUGCACUGGUCAGAAAAUCUUCAGAAAAGAUAUCUCCAGUUCCUAAAACAAAUUCUAAGCCACAUGCACAAGGGCCUGAAACUGUUGAUAGAGAUGCUACUUGCAAUAGAUCUCGAAGUGGGGAAUCACCCGCGGUCGAUGAUGGUAGCCAGGAAGGCAGCAAACAAAAUUCUAAAACCCAAAAAUCUAGGAAGAGAAAGCAUACAUGAGAUCAGACAUUUUCAGGAACAGAUUCUAUAGCUGAGGAAACAAUAAAGCUUCCAUCUAACUUGCCAUCAGUUCAAGAAACACGAGCAAGUGGCAAAAUGACGAGAAGUAAAUCUGUUGCUUGAAGAUUUUUCUUCUUUACAUCCUCCUACUGGAUGAUAAGAGAUCAUAUUCUACUGGGGGAAGCAAGGUUUAUGAAGAAUUUCUGCCGUUGGCGUUCUGACGGAUCAGCUUCUGCCAAGAAAGUGAUUAAAUGGGUGAAAUUGUUUCUUGUAAUUUGAUAAGAGGGAUCAGCUUCUGCCUAUAAAGUGAUCCUAUGGAUGACAUGAGAGAGGGACUUGGGGCAGCCACGGAGCACUGUUGUUAUGGAUAAUAGAUAAGUGAAAUUCAUAAUAAAUAAAUUUUAGGAAAAAUAUAAAAAAAUAUUUUGUAGUUUUAUUGGAUUUUCACUUCAGGUGAUUUAAUUCAGGGGAUGUAACUCAUUUUUGUGUUUUAAACAACUUCUAAAUUUCAUGCUAAU